UAUUGACAAUUAAGUAACACAUUUUUUUCUUAGAAAAAUAAUAAGAAAUUUCCGGUUUCGUAAAUUUUUUUCUCCCCCCUUUUGUUGUCUAAUUUGAAUGAUUGACAAAUAAUGAUUUAAUUGGGAGAAAAUUAAAAUUUCAAACUCAAAGUGAAAAAAAGAGGAUGGUGUAAAAUUUUGUAAUUUAUUAUUGCUGACGUUUUCACGUGGAAUACACACGCGUUAUAAUAAGCAUCGACCGAAAACGAGUGAACGAACUAUUGCGGUGAUUCCUUUCUAUAAACGGACAUCACAACCGUUUUGACAAUGAUACUCAUCGCAGGCACUGCUCUCGCUUUUCUCGCGGGUAUUUUAUUUUUUCAUAAACCAAGAAAUAAAAUGUUAUUUUACAUAAAUACCAUUAUUUACGAAAUUAAAUAUAAUACAAUGGGAGUUCAAGAAGUUGUCAGGGAAUUUGUCUUCGCGAAAUACAACAAAACUGAUUUACCUCAACGAAAAGGAAAAGUGGCAAUAGUGACAGGUGGUUCCCGAGGAAUAGGAUGUUUUAUUGUAAAAAUGCUACUUCAAUGUGACAUGGAAGUGAUUGUUGCUUGUAGAAAUAUUAAAGCCGGCGAAGAUGCAAUUCGUAAAAUUAGAGAAUCAGGUGUGACAUCGGGCACUGCGAAAGUUUAUCACAUGGAUAAUGCAAGUUUGGAGUCUGUUCGAAAGUUUUGUCGAGAAAUCAAAAACGACUACAGAAGGAUUGACACUUUAAUAAAUAACGCUGGUAUUAUGUUCACACCGUAUUUUAGAACCAAAGAGGGCUUCGAACAACAAUGGGUGGUCAAUUAUUUAUCACAUUUUCUAUUAACAGCAUUAUUAUUGCCUCUUUUAAAAAAUGCUGGAAGUCCUAAUGAAUCUGCAAGAGUAAUUAAUGUCACGUCCUGUGCUCAUCUUGUCGGGACAAUUGAUUUUGAUCACGUGGAUGAUGGGCAAGGAUUUCUUAGAAAAUUUGCCUACGCUCGAAGUAAACUUGCACAAGUUAUGUUUACAAAGACAAUUCAAGAACUUUUCUCCAAAAAAAAAUUACCAGUUCAAUCGUAUGCCGUUCAUCCGGGUCUCGUUAAUACUGACAUUUAUCAGCACACAAGCAUGAAGCACUUAAAAAUUUUAUUUAAUAUACUUUUUAAGACACCUCUGCAAGGAGCGACACCGGUCGUUUAUGCUGCUGUGAAUAAAUCUAUUGAAAACAAGGGUGGAAUUUAUAUCACCAAUUGUUUAGAUAGUCCAGUAAAUCCCGAAGCUCUCAAUUCAACAAUUCGUGAUCGUCUAUUUAAACUUUCCCUCGAGCAAGUUCAACUCAAAGACUUUUUCGAAACGUAAUUAAAAUUCAUCGCGUAUAGGUAUUAUAUUUUUGUUGUUGUGUACAAAUUAUCCAUUCCUUCCAUGUUCCUUUAGAAGUCAUACGUGCAUUUAUUAUUAUUAUUACAGUAUUAAUUUUAAUAAAAUGGUAAUUUCUAAUUUCUAAUAGUGUUAAAUUUACGCUGACAGAAUUUUUAAACCAAAAUAUAUUUUUUUUAACUAAAAUCAAAUUUUACAGUAUCUUCUAAAAUAAAAAUAUAAUAAUACCGUUUUAA